AUGGACAAGACGGUGGCUGGAGUCUUUGAGGCAGUGCUGUAUCGGAGCCCUUCGACGUCGACGAGCUGUCUCGGACUCGAUAAGGGCGUGCGCCGCGUCCGCGACAUCGACGGGCGUCUGCAGUAUCAGUUCAUGUUCUUCGACAAGGACGCCAAGCAGCGCCCCAGGGUCUACCAGACAACGCGCACCAUAUGGACCCCCGACAAUCCCGGCUACCCCGGCUUCAACCGCAAGUCCAUGCGAGUCUUUGAAGUGCGACGAGUCCUCGCGAACCCGUCAGACCCCGAGCGCUGCAAGCUAGGACCCACACCGCACGUCCUGCGCGACUACUGGCCCGAGCCGCACAUGGCUGCGAAUGAAAAGGACAAGCAGACCGAUAUAAUCGACGCGCUCAGGCGCGAGGGCCUCUAUCCCGAGAUGGAGUGCAGGUUCUUGGACAUCCUUGAAGACGGCGAGGUGUGGUAUCCCGAGACUGGCUCCCGAGGCUCGCCCGUCAUGGUAUGGAGCUACUUGCUGGGCGAGCUGCCACACUAUCGGGGCGUGUACGGGCAACUGUGCACCGAUCUGUACAAGGUCGACAAUCCGGCCCUGUUCUUCCACGCGAUGAGCCAGGUCGUUGACACCCUCCGACACUUCAAGCAUGCCGGCUAUGUUCACGCGGAUGUGAGCCCGGGCAACUUUUUGAUACGAAGGCGCGACGGGCAAAUACCCGCGUCGCUUCACGACAUCAAGCGCGAAGAUCUGGACGACUGGACCACUAUAGUCUCUGACCUCGAAUGGUCGAGGUCGUAUUACAGUGCCUCCCAAGACUACAAAGGGGGAACGUAUCGGUACAUGUCCACGGAGUGGUAUUUACAGUCAUACCGGCACAACAGCGACCAAUUACCCGAUGAAUCAACCGGCGAACAGACGAACGCGCCCAUAACGCCGGCAGAUCCAACGCACGAGGACAACUUCAUCUACAACCCCUACCACGACCUCGAAGCGGUCCUCUGGAUGGCCUACGACUACAUCCUCAAUCGCAUUCCGCAAAGACUGCUGCUCACCUCCGCCCCUGACCGUACCAAGAACAUGCUCUACAAGCUUCAAUGCUUUUAUAAGGCCUACUUCAAGACCAACGCGGAAGGAAUAUUCAAGCACGAGCGCUUCCGACUCAUGGAGGCCGAUGGGUACAGCACGCCCAUGGACCUGCUCAAGGAGAUAUAUCCCACUGAUCCCGUGCUCGAGCUCUUUUACCUCGCCCUGGACAUGCGGAUAUCGUACAUGGCCCUGGAAGGCGAUGGUGUCGAAGGCUCUACGGUGACACUGGACGACGGACGGACAAUAUUCUCGCUCCAAUGCUUCAGGGACGAGGUCUACGACAGCAUAGAGAAGGCGUUCCGCAAGGUCAGCGAUUACUAUCUCGACCAUCCGGAUAUCUUCUGCUUAGCUCCGCCACGCGCGCCGCGCAACGUCGAGGAAAUUCCCAAGCAGAGGCUCCCGAGGGAAGAGAGUGACCUCAUAUCUGGCAGAACGAGCGUGGGGAGUCCGGCGGCUUGUAACCCUAAUCUGGCAUGGGUUAUUGCAGAGUGGAUAUGGCAUCGCCAGCCCUUGCAUUCCUCCUUCCAUUAUCUCACUGCCCUAAUGGGUAACUACGGCCAGCGUGCACGGGACUACCACAAGGAAUCCGACUACGGCAAAAGGACGUUGUUCAUCGGCAACAUGCUCAACUUUUUCAUAGGAUAUAUGCCACGAUGGAGGCGCUCCUCCGAUGACGACGUACGACUCACAAUCGACGAACUGCGCGAGAAGGGCGUGUUGAACAAAAGCUACCAGUGGGCCCCUCUCCGUCGCAGGCCUGCGAAAAAUAUCAGGCUUCGGUCCUGGCAGACCCCAUCGGACGCUGUCAAACAACAAAGACUCCAGGGUAUCAAGGAGAUCGUGGAGAAGAUCCUUGUUACUCGCACGACCACGUUCAGAUGCGGCAUGCCGAACAGGCCGAUGCCCAGUCGCCAUAGCGAGGAUGCGCACCAUGGCGCAGACGCUGCAUUUGUCAGGGCAGAUUCUCCGGCAUCCAGCGACGUUUGCGAUGGUGGCUGCGCGCGCAAUCCGACGGUCGACUGGCUCGGUGGCCAAUCGUUCUUCACGGCCGACACGGUGGCAGGCGGAGUAUUCACAACGAGUGAAUCGAAACAUGGUGUUCGCGAGAAUGCUCAUCGGGUUCUGACUCACGCGGCCAGUGUCUUUUGGAGCGACGCAAGGCAUCUAACAACCUUCUCCUUCACCAUCGAGAACACUCUUAUGCGCAUCUGGUGUCAUACGCGCACGCACUCAGCAUGCUCGCCGGUUUUCGACAUCAACGACGACCCCCAAUGGCUUAUCCACUUCGUCCUCUUCGUGACCUACUCCCCCCUUCCCGACCUCGGCUUCGAUCCCAGCGUCCGCCGCGUCAAAGACGUCGCCGGCAAGCUCCAGUAUCAAUUCUUAUGCGACCGCGAAGACACCUACACGCCCUUCACAUACCAAACCACGCGCAUCAUCACCACGCCUAUCGCAGACUACCCCGGCUACAAUCUCAAGUGCAUGACCGUCUUCGAGGUGCAGAAAGUGCUGGACAAUGCGGAGGACCCGAAUGAACGCGAGCUCAUGGCUACGCCUGCGGUGCUACGCGACUACUGGGAUGACAACGAGCGUCGGCACGAGAUUGCUAUUCAGAAAGAUAUCAAGGAGAAGAUGGACGCGGCGGGCGUCUUGCCCGCGAUGCAGGGCCACUUCAUGGACAUCCUCGAGGACGGGAUCGUCCAAUAUUUUCCGGAUUCGGGUGACGAAGCUGCGAGCCCUCCGGCUGAGUUCACAGUGGUCAAUACGAGGUUCGCCGAAGAAAAUUGGAACAUGUUUCACAUGCGCGGCGUCUACAAGCAGCUCUGUGUCGACCUUGGGUCCGUCGAUAAUCCCGCCCUCUUCUUUCACGCGCUCAGCCAGGUAGCCAGGAUCUUGAUGUACAUGAAGCGCGCAGGGUAUCUGCACAAGGACGUCAGUCUCGGGAACUUUCUGCUCCAUCAUGUCAGCGGUCUGGUGCCUCCUUCCUUGCUUGACUUGGAUAGGGAGGCACUCGAACAAUGGACGACAAUCAUCACAGAUCUCGAAUUUGCGCGGCCAUACCUUGAUGCUCCCGUCAAUGAGCGCUACAUCCUUUGCCCGUCCGAGAAGAACAACUUCGUCACCAACUUCUACCACGAUCUCGAGUCUGUCUACUGGGCCUUCCUCGCUUAUAUUCUCUACCGGGUUUCCCAAACGCGACUGCUAGACGGCAUGGAUAACGCGCUCCUAGGCUCGUUCAGAAUCCACAACGACAAGUUCUUCGACUGCGACGUCGAAGGGAAUGAGACGCGGCUUCAGUUCCUCAAGGAUCCCAGCGAAGCGGAUUUUCUCUGCGACGAUCUGGCGAAGGUCUACGGCAACGACCACCCGAUUCUCGACGCUGUCCGCCUCGUGAACGAUCUGCGCGACGCCUACAACGACCUCGAGCAAGACACCUCUCAGACGACGACGCUCGACGACGGGCGCGUGGUGUACGCCCAGUCCCUCUUCCAGGACGACAUCUACCUCAAGAUGGAACGCGCCUUCCGCAAAAUCAGCGACCACUACGUCGACCACCCUGACCAGUUUGUCCGGCUUCCUCCUACGGCUCCCCCGCUUCCCACGACGCGCCCGCCACGACUCCCGGCGUGCCCAGCGUGGCAGCUCGCGGAGAGCAAGAACUUCGACAAGGACGGGCCCGGCGAGCUUAUUCCGGAAGAGUACUGCCCCAUUGCUCAUCGCACGAAGAGGGCGCUGAAGCGACUGCUUGAGGACGGUGCACCUAUCGAGCGCCCAGCGCGGCGUGCUCGACUGGCUCGGGCUCAGGCUCAGGCCGUUGCUCAGCCCCAGCCCGCUCAACCUCAGCCCACGCAAGCUCAGAACGCCCGAUCGCAGACUAACCAAGCUCAACCUGCCCCGCCUCAGCAGCCUAUUCAGGCCGCCACCACCACGAACGAGCCACCCGCCGCUGGUCGCAGACUUCGCGGCACUACGAUGGCUCAGAGGAAGAGACGAUAG